GACCUAUACAGCUUCAUACACAGUUGGAGAUAUCGCCUAUUGAUUUUAGAUGGGCAUAGCAGCCUUGCUACUGCAGGAUUUGAUAAAUUCUGUGUAGAGAAGAAUAUUAUUCCUCUUUAUAUGCUAUCACAUUCUUCUCACCUGCUCCAACUGCUUGAUGUCAGCUGCUUCUUGCCAUUAAAGCACCUGUAUGGCCAGAAAAUUGGGGAGAUAAUACAGAAAGGAAUCUAUACCAUUGACAAGGAAGAUUUUUUAUAUAUCUAUCCUACAGUCCAUUAA